AUGAUGCCAGUUGUCGAUCUCUGGGAUCAAAAACACCAACACCAGAAGCAGCCAUCUCACCAACAGCAUACACAAGCACAAGUACAACAGCAACAAGCUCAGCAGUAUUUGAAUCAACUCAACCAUCACCAGCAGCAGCAACAGACCCCGCCAGAGCGUAGAUUUAUCCUGUCCAGCCCAACCUCGUUCACACACGCUAGAAAAUCCUCCGUCGAUUCGGCCGGAUCACUGACAGAGUCCGAACGUACUCGCAUCAUCAGCAAUAACAGCAACAAUAACAGCGCCAACUACACUACAGCCAAUAUCGAAUCAUCGCGACAUGGUCGAAACAGAUCGAACACUGGUGGAGACGAGAUGAUGAUGCCAUCAGUCCAGCGAAGCAGUCCUUUGCAGUCGGAUCCACUCCAGGAAACCCCAGUCGUCAUCAGUGCGGCCAGAGCCAGCGGAGGAGGAGCGACAUCCAGGUUCGAGAUGCUCUUGAAUCAGAUCGCCGCACAGCGCACCAAGCUUAAUGCACUCAAUGCCGGAGCCCAGACGCUGACAAAAGACAUUGCGGCAUUGGACGAGACUCUUGGGGAGGAGCAUGUUUCGCGAGAGGCUGUCUUGCAGGAUGCCACCAAGGCUGUCGAUGGCUGGGGUCGAACCUGGACCGCCUAUUCCAAAUGUGAGCCCGUCGAAGUGUUGAAGAAGAGGCCCAGCGCUUUGGUAUCCCUGAUCCAAGGGAUGACUUGGGAGGACAAGAAAGAGCUGUUUGAGCAACUUGUCUGGAGCUGUCGACCCCGCGAGACAUAUCAACUUCAACACCAACUGACGAUUCGACAUGGACAAGUGUAUGGAUUUGAUCUCUUGGACGAGUUUCCAUCCGAGAUCUCAACUCUCGUUUUGAAGAACCUCUCCUUCUCGGAUCUUGCCAACUGCCGUCUGGUUUCGCGUGCAUGGAGGCAAAAGACAAUGGCCUAUGAUGUUCUUUUGGCAGCGAUGGAUCGCGUGACAUAUACAGACGACACGGUCGACAUGGAUAAGCAGGAUGAUGCACGAAAGAACUGGAACCUACUCUGCCGGUACCAGGAACGUGACUUGCGGUGGAAGCGGCACAGGCCUGCCUCUACUUAUGCCAUGAUGGGUCACACCAGUUAUGUCACUUCCCUCAAGGAUCGGGGCGAGUGGAUCAUCAGCGGAGGAUACGACGAGAAGGUUCGACUCUGGGAGUCAGCGACGGGCAAGUGUGUCAAGAUCUGGGAGGUUGACUCGGCUGUUAGCUGUGUGGAGCUAUUGGUUGAUGCCAAUAUGGAAGGAGGUGGAGUUGUUGUUGCAGCCUUUGUUGACAUUGGAUUGGUCAAGGUGUGGUCAUUACACGGACCACUGAACAUGUACACACUGACGGGACACCAGAAGGGCGUCCGGGCUCUGGCCAUCAACGAGAGCUACUUGGUCACAGCGGGAUUCGACCAAACCGUUCUUGUCUGGAACUGGGCAAUAGGGCGCAAAGUCGCCAGCUUCCGCGCUCACAACGAAGUGAUCCUGAGCGUGCACCUGACAAAGAACACGGUCUACACCUUUUGCAUCGACGCUACUUUGCGCGUAUUUGACAUCCCCUCGCGGACACUGCUGCACCAGGUCAAGCUCUUUGAAGUCCAACAAGGCUCAUCGCUGCAAUGGUCAUGCCUCCAGGGCAAGAUGUUCUUGACGGCGACCAACAGGAAGGUCUAUGUCUGGCAAAUGGAACAUCUCGAGAGCCUCGUGCAGCAACAACAACAUCAACAACAGCAGAGCCUCCAACAAAUGCUCCGUUAUCGAUCUCUCAGUACCGUGUCACUCGCCUCUUCGUCAGAUUUGGGUUCAGAACCACAGCAACACUAUACGCCACCCAUUUCCCCUUCGCGCACGCCUCUGGGUCCUACUCCGUCGUCGUCGCUCACCAAUUUGAUUUCGCAGCCCGACACGCCAGCGCCAUCAUCAUCUACUCUGUCGCUCGUUACGAGUAUCAGCACGGGAUCAAUGUAUGAAGGGUUUGGCGCAUCGGUCGAAACUAGAGUCAAGCCAUGUCUGACAGCAGUUCUGACUGUUUCUAGCGACAUGUGGUGCGGAAACGUCACCCAUCAUGACCCGCCAUUAUUGCUCAUUGGAUCUCGCAGUUCUCCUGUGAAGCUUUCGACUGUUGCCCUGAUCAAGGACAUCAUUGACCCCAGCAAGGUCUACAAUAACGACUACACGCCUCUUCAAAUCACACCCAAGAACUGGAUUUUCCAGGGUUCUCCGACAGGCCACGGUCGAGGGGUGAUGUCUAUCGACUUGAGCUCUGGUCGACUCGUCAUGGGUUGUACUGGAGGCUCUAUUCAUGUGUUGAACAUGGAUCCUGCCAAGAGGAGCCUGGCAUCUUUGAGGUCGAAUGCUGCUGCUACGGUGGUCACCCUGCCUCAUUUGACGCCCACCCAAAUGGAUUCCAUUCGAUCUGUGAGUCCUGUCAACCCUCCUUUGCCCCUGGCACCGGUUCCUAUCAAGCCUGCUACGACGACUACAACGACUGUGAUCACGACGACAAACGGAGGAGGGUACCCCAGACGACCGUUGUCGACAGUGUUCAGGAGCAGCAGUAACAGCACCAACAGUGUGGUCGGUGGUCGUUCAGGAGUCCUCAUGGUUCCUACUCCCAACCAGUCGCCAAUCACCACCGUUGCCUCUUCGAUGCUCGUCAGCCCAACGACCCACUUGCCUAGGAACAGUCCUCCUCGAGGUGGGGUCAACUCGCCGUCGUCCUACAACAAGUCUACCAAAAAAGCUAUCACCCCGCAGUCCGAGUAUGAAGAGCAGGAGGUGCUAGUCGAUUCUUAUGACGGGGAUAUCUCGAGGGAGUUUAGUGAUGGCGAUAUGUCGAUGAUUAGUUCAUUGGAUUUUUCUUUCAAGGCGUCUUCUUCGCCUUCCUCUUUGACGUCUUCAUUAACGUCGUCGGCGCCAUUGACUUUGUCGAUACCGGCCAAGGAGGAUCGUCGUCGGUCCAAGGAUUUACUGAAGCCGCUGUCGAUUGGAGGGAAGGCUGGUAAAUCUGCAAAGUCAAUGCCUACUUCUCCCACAUCCAGAUCCAUGGCUGCUGGUGGUCCAAAAUCUGUUACGAACCGGUCACCCUCGAAUUCCAACACGGCUACGACACCUAAACCGACGUCUUCUUCGUACACAUCUCAAACACUCUCGAGUCUGUCAAAGUUCAUCCCAAGCUCACCCAGCAAAAUGAUGAUGCGACGACGUGCCAGCUCCGCAGCAUGGACACAACAAGUCACCAGCACCGCUGUUACGACCGUCACCAAGGCUCCCUCUCCUUACACGACUGGCAGCGGUAGCAGCAAUUCUACUUCUCGCCCUAUCAACAUCCCCUCGCCUGUCUCGGCGUUGAUGGCGAAGGGCCGCAACCGAUCUGACCCCAACUUACUGGCGUCGGCCCAUGCUGUUGAAGAGAGUCCAGUUUCGACAUCCAGGAGUCUGGCCAAGAGCUGGUUGUUGCCCUCACCCUGGAACAGCCCUUCUCGCAUUGGGUCCAAGAAGUAA